UGCAGUUAGCUCCCACCAUUGGCUAGGUUGGCAAUCGCUGGAGCGGGUUGCAGUCCACAGAGUUAUGGAGGGUGCAGCACACAUCCCUCAGCAGGGCGUGAGCAGAACUGCAACCACUAAAAUUACAGUUGUGCUCGCUUCAGUACAGGAAAGGGUAUAAAAGCACCUUUCCCCUCCAGCUGCCACUUCUGCUUCUUUGCUCACAUUCAAAGGUGCCGCUGCUUGAGGCUGCAGAACCGCGGGGCUCGGCAGGCAGGCAAAGGGAGAAGACACGGGUGAAGCAGAGCCUCCUCCAAAGAAAAUGGAGGCCACGGUGCUGCCAACUUUUCCUAGCAAUGACUCCUAUAUUACUGGGGACGUUGAAAAAGACGGCCAAAAUGAGGCAAACAAUUUAUGGAGAAGGAUGACUAUUGUCUCUAUGGUCAUCUAUAGCCUGGCUUUCCUAUUGGGGAUCAUUGGAAAUGGACUGGUCAUUAUCAUCACGGGCUUCUGUAUGAAGAAGACGGUCAACACUGUCUUGUUCCUCAACUUAGCCAUUGCUGACUUCAUUUUCACCUUCUUCUUGCCAUUGAGUAUUGCCCAGGCAGCCCUGAAAUUCCACUGGCCAUUUGGCAGGGCCAUGUGCAAGAUCAACAAUGCCCUGGCCUACCUCAACUUGUACGCCAGUGUUUACCUUCUCAUGGUGAUUAGCAUGGACCGUUGCAUUUCUGUGCGGUGCCCGGUGUGGGCUCAGAAUCACCGGACACCCCAGCGGGCUGGCUUUGUGGCCUUGGGUGUUUGGACCCUGGCUCUGGUGUUGUGUUCCCCAAACCUCCAUUUCAGGGAUACAAUGCCACAUCCAGGGAAGAAGGGCAUGAUCGUGUGCUUUAACAAUUAUGGUCACCCAGCUGUGAAUCUGCUCAGGCACCAUGCAGUGGUCAUCAGCCGGUUCAUCUUUGGCUUCGUCAUCCCCUUCAGUGUCAUUGUGGCUUGCUAUGGGGCAAUUGCUCUGAGGCUGAGGAGGGACCACUUGGCGCAGUCAAGCAAGCCCUUCAAGGUCAUCACAGCAGUCAUCACCGCCUUCUUUAUCUGUUGGUUCCCGUAUCAUGUAUUUUCUUUCCUUGAGCUAAAAUAUUCCGGGCACGCAGAGAUGCGUUUGCUGUUGGCUGUCGGGAUACCCUUGACAUCUAGCUUGGCUUUCAUCAACAGCUGUCUCAACCCCAUCCUCUAUGUGUUCAUGGGGCAUGAUUUCAAGGAGAAGCUGAGGCGCUCCCUCCUCUCUGUCUUUGAGGAUGCCUUUGCUGAGGAGAGCGGCCACAGCACAGCACAAACCAAGACCAGGUCUUCCAUCGAGCUGGAGUCCCAUGACAAGUGAAACCUGCCGAUCCUCCAGCUGCCCCAGCUGCCCCACCUUCAGCGCAAAGCUGCCUUGUGCGUUAAUUUAGAAUCCGCCCUGCAUUGUCCAUCUACAGAGCAGGCUCCUCUCUGCUUUUCAGCCUCAGCUGCUUUUCAAGAUUUACAAAAUUUAAGAAGUCAAAGAACUGCUUCCUGGCCAGGCGGAGGACGCGUUGGCUGCAUGCAAUGAAUGGUGCCAGUGCUAUUCGUUUGGAUGCUUCCAGUGAAAUUGGGGAUGCAAAGCUCCGUCAAGGGCUGCUAUUCCAUGAAGGAAGACUACAGCUGGAGCUGGAUCCGGGCAGCAUCUGCUGCAAGCUAAUUUCCAACCCUUAGACUAGUUGUAAGUCGGUAUAUGAAGCACAAGAAGGUAUCCAUAUUCAAGACAAAACUUCCCAUAAUUUUUGUCAGGCGGUGGUGUGACCAGGAAGCAGAGUUUAGGAUGGCCCAAGCAGAUGGCAGUGGACUUGAUUCUCAGUCACUGGGGUCCCCCGGGAAUAGGAAGACCCUGUUCCCCACCUGGUGUCUCUAAGUGUCCCUGUUACCUACUUGCUCCCCCAUAAGUGAAUCGAUGCCAUUCAUGCUAACAGGGAGAGAGAAAACCCUGCAUUUGGGGACAUGGGUUUCAAGGAAGGAAAAGCCUGCUUCCUGUCAUUGAUCCACUGGCAAAGAUGAUAGGACAGGUUUUGUCCAGUGGCCAGUGAUACCAUUGCGGCCAACCCAGAUUCUGGCCAUAUAAAUGCCUGUGCCCCCAUCACAAUGAUGGCAGACCUGAUGGCCUAUAUCACACCGAGCUUGUAGCCACGACCUCUUAGACUCUGGCUGACUGAGCAGAACUCUUGAAAUUGAACAGGGCGUAAUCCUUGGCAGAUUAACUCGGUCUCACCUCGCUAGGAUUCAUGCCCUUAGGAUCAAGUGCUGGGAAUGCUUGCCGGCACUUUGCUGCCUGAGUCAGAUCCCCUGGGUGUAUGGGAGGAAUUAGCCCUGUUUUCUCCAGCCAUGGCCCAGAGGUAAAUGAUGGCUGCUUUACACAGAAACAGAGCGAGUCAGAAGGGGCCUCCCGGGCCAUCUAGUCUGACCUCCGGCACCAGCCGGCUCUGCUCAAUUUUACAAUUGGCAGGAGGGAAAGAGAAGCACUUCCAUCAGGUUAGCCAUUUUACCUGUAAUUCAUAUGCUUGGUUUUAGUUCUUUAUAUUUUAAAAAUCUGUUUAUGCUGCAUUUGCUGGACAUUGUGCAAAUCCGUCCAUCAGCCCACUGGGUUGCACCCCCCCAUGUUUGCAAGCCUCCAAAUGGAGCAUCCAGUGCAGAGUAGAAGCUCCGAAAUCAAUCCCCGGCUGACCCGCUGCAGUGUUUCAGAGUGAGGUGUGAGGCAGCUGGAGAACUCUCAGGAUGCUCCAUAUCUUGGCAGCCCCUGCCUCCCCCUCACUGUCCUCCAACACCCUCUAAGCCCCUCUCCAAGGCUGAUUAUCUGACCUUGGAGAAGCGCCUGGCAUGGGUCUUUCCACACUAGCUGCAAGGGGUGGUGAAGAGAGUUGGAGCAUUGGUCCUCUCCAUCUCUAGCCUCAGAUCUGGAAAUCCAAAGUGUCCUCUGCUCUCCUAGAUGUUGUCUAGAUACCAUAAGACCAUUGCCUAAGUAACAUGCAGCCUUACAAAAUCUGACAGACUGAAAUGAGCAGCAGCACAGCAUCGUCUCAUUCCAAGAUGUGUGAACCGUGAACUGUAUUUCCAUUCGCCUUGUUUCUGGGGUCAUGUUCAACAUCAAAGUACAGAAAAAAUAUUUUUACAAUACCCAUUAAGGCAGUCCCUGCCCACAGUUUAUAUCAUCAUGGUGUGACGUGGCUUUUGAUGCCUGUUUCUUCUUGUUCUCACUAAGAUACCUAGCCUUCUAAAGCUUUUCUUUAAAAAAAUAAUGAAUAAUUGCCAUUGAGCUUUGUUUUGUAUGUU